UGUCAUAAUCGGUCGAGUCGAGUAUUCUGUUAGUAGUUUACAUUGUGGAGGGCUUCCGAGCACACGUGCAGACGUUACGUCAUACGUGGCCUUUAUCGUGAUUUCAAAAUUAGAAUUUAUUUGUUUUCAUAAAUUAUUCUCAUUGUAAGUCAGUGGUAAGAUAACCUCAUCAAUGGCGAAAGUGGUGACGUCAGAAGCAGUUAGGUUCAUGGGCGACUGUCUGAAGGCGGUCGGGGCUUCGGCGAAGGCUGCCGAGCAGCAGGCCGACCUGCUCAUCCAGGCAGACAAGAUGGGGCAUCCUAGCCACGGGCUUAAUAGGUUAGAAAUGUACGUAAACGACAUAAUCAAAGGCGCUUGCCAGCCCAACAAUAAGCCCGUAAUACUAAAAGAAAACGCGUCGACAGCCUGGGUGGACGCCAAUAACGUCUUGGGCGCCACAGCCAGCCAUUUUGCUAUGGACAUCGCGAUUAACAAGGCUAUGAUUACAGGCGUAGGAUGGGUUACCGUCAAAGGAUCAAACCACAACGGCAUGGCAGGUUACUGGGCUCAGAAAGCAGCUGACAAGGGUCUUAUAGGCAUGGCGUUCACCAACACUUCACCACUGCUGGCCCCCACAAGAAGUAAACAGUCAGCCCUAGGCACCAACCCUCUGUCCGUGGUGGCACCAGCGUCACAAGGAGAAUCCUUCUACCUGGACAUGGCCACCACAGCCGUUGCUGUCGGAAAGAUAGAGAUGCAACUAAGAAAAGGUGAACCCAUACCCAGCGGUUGGGCGCAGGGACCAGACGGCAAGGAAACUACAGAUGCACAAUUGGCCUUUGACACAAGCUGCCUGAUGCCGCUAGGCGGAGGUGAGAAGACGUCUGGGUACAAAGGAUUUGGCUUGGCUGCCAUGGUGGAACUGUUCUGUGGAAUUUCAUCAGGUGCAAAGUAUGGUCACCACGUGCGGUCGUGGUCGCACAGCGGCGCGGGCGGGCCGGCCGACCUGGGGCACUGCUUCGUGGCCGUCGACCCCGGCAGCUUCGCGCCCGGCUUCGGGGACCGCCUCGCCGACUGCAUUCAGCACUGGAGGCAGCUCGAGCCGACGGAUCCUAGCCUGCCAGUGCUAGCUCCCGGCGACAAAGAAAAGAAGAACGCCCAAGAAACAGCAGAUCGUGGGACGGUAUCAUACGUCAAGCAGCAAAUUGACUCCAGUGCGGCGCUAGCGAAGAGACUCAACGUCAAGCCUAUGGAAAUAGUGUCGGGAUAACGGUCGCUUCCUUUAAAGACUGGCAAAGUUCAUGAGCAUUUCAAAAAUGCAUCAAGUGUAAAUUUAAUAAUAUGGACGUAUUUUUAAGUCGAGUCUUGUAAUAUUCCACGUAGAGGUAAAUUUUCAUCUUCCCUUCAGGACAUUCUUUAGCCUUAUUGUGACUGCAAUUUAUAUAUUUCAGUACGUUAAAAAGAAAGAUGAACUUUUAUUACAGAUUGUGCGCAAAUCUGCAAAUAAUGAUAAUACCGAUACAAGUUUAAAUGUUACCUAUGUACGACGACCUCGGUGGCGCAGUGGUAAAGUUCUUGCCACUGAACCGAGAGGUCCCGGGUUCGAUCCCCGGUCGGGUCAUGAUGGAAAACGAUCUUUUUCUGAUUGGCCCGGGUCUUGGAUGUUUAUCUAUAUAUGUAUUUGUUAUAAAAUAUAGUACCGGUUUGUUAGUAUCCCAUAACACAAGUUUCGAACUUACUUUGGGGCUAGCUCAAUCUGUGUGGUUUGUCCUAAUAUAUUUAAUAUUUAAUUUUAUUUAAUUUAAUAACCUAUUUAUUUUCGUACACAUCGUCACGUAUUACAAAAAUAACUUGUCAAUGUUUUCAAA